UGCUCUAUCCCGGCCGCGCAGCUCUGCGGCUUUGCCCGCGCGCCUCAAGAAUCUGGGCAUGAUGCCACUUACCUUCAGUCCCAACACUCAGAAGACAGAUACAGACAAAUCUCUCUGAGUUCCAGGCCAGACAAGUUUCUCAAACUUGGACUAAGGAAAGAAUCUUGGAAGAAAAGCAAACCAUAUCGCUGCUGCCGAGACCUCACCUGUCUGCCUCCAGCUCUGCAGAAGGAAGAAAGUGGGAUAGUCACACACCCACACCCUGUCUUCAUGGGCCUUUAACCUAACUUCUAAUUCCCUGAGCCAACUUUGAUCACAUUUACCCUCUAAUCUUUAGUGUUGGCAAGUGUGGACAUCUGAACACCGUCCUCUGGAGCCAGUGUUUUGGGCUGAGGGUGUUGAGAGGGUACUGAGGACUGAGCAACCAGGGCUGUGUGCUGAAGUCACCAUGUCCACCAAGGUCCCCAUUUAUCUGAAACGUGGCAGCCGCAAAGGCAAGAAGGAAAAGCUUCGGGACCUGCUGUCCUCAGACAUGAUUAGCCCACCACUUGGGGACUUCCGUCACACUAUUCACAUUGGCAGUGGUGGUGGUGAUGACAUGUUUGGGGACAUCUCCUUCCUGCAGGGCAAGUUCCACCUCCUUCCAGGAACAGCAGUGGAGGAGGCUGAGGAGGAUGGCAGCUUCGACCUUCCCUUCCAGUUCACUCGCACUGCCACAGUGUGUGGGCGGCAGCUCCCCGACGGACUGUCACCUCUGCUCAAAAAUGCCAUCUCCCUCCCUGUCAUUGGAGGUCCCCAGGCUCUCACCCUGCCCACAGCCCAGGCUCCACCUAAGCCUCCUCGCCUGCACCUGGAGUCACCACAGUCGUCUCCAAAGUCCUCCCCGCAGGAGGCAGGAAAUGUGGACAUCUGGAGGAUUCCAGAGGCCAGCUCCCCCCACAAUGGGAUGAGCCCAGAGCCAGAGGCUGAAGAGCCUUUCCUGUCCCAUGCCAGCUCCCUGCUGUCUCUGCACGUGGACCUGGGGCCAUCUAUCCUGGAUGACGUCCUUCAGAUCAUGGAUCAGGACCUGGGCCACGUGCAGAUCCCCACAUAGGACCCUUGCUGACCAGACAGGUCACAGGGGCUGUGGUGACACCAAGAGACAUCUAUGGACAUGGCCCUGACCUAGGAGUCAGCGUCCCAGAUCUCACCUGUGGGUGCUGGUCAGUGACUGUGUUUUGAGCCUUUUCUUUUCUUCCCUCCUCCCAAUGGACAGACAACAUAUUUUCUUCCCUCUAACAACAUCCACAGGGGGCUAUGUCAGAUUUGCCCCAGAUAUUAUUGAGCCUCUUAGGUCACCUGGGGCCCCACUUCCAAUAGUUCCCUUUCCCUUGCUGAAAUGGACUCUACCCCUUUUCCACUCCCCUCCACCCAUCUGUCUUUGCGCCCUGGUCUGGGAGCAUGUUGUCCGUAACCAGACAUGAUAUGCCUUGUGUCCUGUCCCAUACCUUCUCCACAUGACCAGGGGAUUCUGGUUGCAAUAAAACAUGCUGCUGGUGGUGGCUGAGCAUCCUG